CAACGGCCGCAGAAGCUGCUUCAAACGCAGGCAGACGCGCUAGUAUGCUCAGCGCGUUGUAGGUUUAGCGCUGGCAAAGUGCGUUCAAUGCGUGUUGAAUGCGUGCUUCUUACCAGAUAAUUCACCUUUGUGUUUUUGCGCUUGUACCGCUGCGUUCCGCACCGUCGCCAUCGAAAGCACCACGACAGUGGAACAGCCGUGCUUCUCGUUCUCCACGACCCUCUCGAGCAUAUCUAGAAAGUCCCAAGCAAUAAUAUGGCCUCUGUGUUGAACUCUUUCUAGCGCCAUUGCAAUGCGACACAGUAUA